AUGCACGACCAACCUCCCUCCCCCACGAACAAUAUAGAACAGUCCAAGACUAUCACAUACGAUACCCCUGACAGCCCUGCAAUCGACCCGAACGAUUUGACGGCAGCAAAUUUCCGUUUGGAGACUACAAACGAUGAAACAAAAUAUACACCUGGACUGUGGUCCUCAGGGGGAAGCACCGCGGUGUCCCUUUCAGGCAACCAAGGGCAGGAUGAGAACUCGAUGCCUGCAACCCUCUCACGCCACUUCCGAUCAAACAUAGAUACUACGCAUACCGAUAUUGUUUUGAUAAUAUGCGGCUUUGUCGGUGGUAUGGUCGAUGGAUUAUCAUUCAACGCAUGGGGCAGUUUUUCAAGUAUGCAAACAGGAAACACUGUUUUCUUAGCUCUCGGUGUCUCGGGCCAGCCAGCCUAUCCUGCAUACAUUUGGGCCAAGGCCCUGAUCGCCAUAACUGUCUUCCUCAUCAGCAACAUAUUCUUUAUACACAUGCAUCGCCUUCUCAGUCCGAGACGUCGCUCGACAAUGAUUAUCUCAUUCGGCAUUCAAACUCUUGCUUUGCUAGCCACAGCUAUUUUAAUCCAGCUCAACGUCAUUCUCCCCAAACCCGAGGACCCUCGCGCACCGAUAGAGUGGAUGCAAAUUCUUCCUAUCUCCCUGUUGUCUUUCCAGGCAGGUGGUCAAAUUUGCGCUUCGCGUAUUCUUGGUCUCGAUGAGAUACCGACAGUCGUUGUUACUACACUUUUGUGUGACCUGCUCGUUGACCCAAAAUUGACUACCAAGUUCAACCCAAAGCGAAACCGCCGGAUAGGUGCAUUCCUUGCCUUGUUCUUUGGUGCAAUGACUGCUGGUGGUCUUUCAAAAACUACCGGCAUGGCUUCUAGCAUUUGGUUUGCCAUGGGGCUGAAGCUCUCAAUCACAGUUGGUUGGUUCGUGUGGCGCCGGGAGGGUAGAAGAAAAAGUGAUGUCGAAGCGUGA